AUGGACAACGAAAUCCGACCGGCCUGGCACUCCCCGACUUUCGCUCCGAAUUCUCCUGGGACCGAUCGAGAUAGCUGGAAAACCGCUCCAGGUUCACCGAGAGAAGACUUGAGAUUCAAAAUUGACGCUGUUACUGAGGAUUGCGGAACGUAUUCCAGCGAUGUUAAGAAGUCGAGUAGACAGCCACACGCACUGAGGCGCGAGUAUAACGAAAAGAUUGACCAUUCCGAACAUGAUCCAAACGUUGACGGCAUCGACUGGAGACCUGGCUUCAAAAACCAGUUUCCAUGGAUCGGUUUUGCAGGCCUCAUGGUCAUCUUUGUGGCGACGGCUACGGCUGUGGUCAUUCUGGUGUCCUCGCACAAGAAGCGCGUCAAGGAUUGGCCGUUUGCAAGUUUUCCUGCUCAGCCCAACGUUUUACUCAACGUUGCAAACCAGAUCCAGAAUCUGGGGUUGAUCACUCUGGUCAGCCAUGGACUGGCUAUUGCAUGGUGGAGAACAGCCCUGCGCGGUAGCUCUCUCCGCGUGCUACAUAAGAAUCACGCAUAUUCUUACAGCUUCUACGCGAUUGUCACCUCCGGCAGGUACUUCAAUCUGGUCGCCCUCGCCGCACUUAUGACGAAGUUUGCUGUCGUGGAUAGCACUCUAUUUCAAAAAUCGACGAGGACUAUCGUAACUCAGCAAAAGGAGUACGCCAAUUCCACCAUGACUGGAUGGGUUGAGAGAGAAUGGCCAGUGAAUUUCGGUGGUAUCCCAGGAGCUGAUGGAAAUGUCAAGAUGGUGGAUGCAGCAUGGGCAGGCGUCCUGGAUGCGUACUACGGCAAGCUCGCCAACGGGAAGGUGCACGAUACUCUCAAAAACAACGCGUCUUUCUUCGGUUGCCCUUAUCGACAAGAGUGCAGAGGAGCUAUUGAGGGCCUUGGCUUUAUGUUUGACUGUACCAGCCGGUACAGCAAUGUUGACUACGGAUUAGCAUCAGAAAACGCACCAUCAUACCCGCUGUGGAGCGUCAACUUCAACCCGUCAUGGGCGACCGGAACGAAACCAUACGCCAGUAUUAAUCUCGAGAUGAUGUAUGUAAACAGUCAAGCUGGAGACACGGAGGACUCCUGUCCAGGAAAUGUGACUGUACGCACUUGCAAAAUUAUGCCUGCAGUCAUCCAGUAUCCUGUCACUGUUAUGAUACCAAGCGAAGAGGAAUUGAAUGGCAGGAACAUCGUCACACAUGUUAAGUUCUUCAAUAACAACAACAAAUCCUGGCCUAUCGGUUCUGAUCUCAGCAAUGUUACACAAAUCGAUGGGUUGAAGGUGCUCCACCAGGUCAAUCUGCAAGAAAAGUAUGGCGAGAUCUCUACGGUCGGAGCUCUAACUUACAUUAUGAACAAUCUUUACGGGUCUUCGGCAAAUCUUACCUACAAUUACGGUUGGGAUCUCGUCUCUCGAGGCGCUCCCACCCAGACGGUAUUCUACGCAGACUCCAAUGUGCCACAGAAGGACCGCUGCUGGUAUACUAUCGAUAAGCCCGGUCGAGAUGAUCCUACCAUCGAGAUUUUGCGCAAACUCAACACCUUAAGCUUCGUAACCGCUCUGUACAUCAAAGGCGCACCUACAACCGAUGUCAACAAACGCAAAGCCCUCGGCAUGGCCAGCCAGAACAUCACCACGUCGAUUACCGGCAUCGUAGAGGAAUAUCAAACUUCCUUCGCCUACGUCGGCGGCGCCCUCGCAGCAACCUUCAUCACCGUCAUAUUCGUCCUACCCGUCUACUGGGGUUUCUGGCAACUCGGUCGCAAAGUCACUUUAGGUCCACUAGAGAUCUCACAAGCAUUCGGUGCGCCCAUCAUCGCGCCCGACAAGAUGAAAGCAUACCACGGCGACUUCGAUCAGGUGCUCGAGGAUGUUGGGGAUAGGAGAGUGCAGUAUGGGCAGCUCAAGAAUGCGCCGCCGGGGCAGAUGGGACUUGCGGAGCCGGAGAGGGUGGUGGUGACCAAGGCUAGUCAUCGGUGGCGGGUUAGUGGGCAGAGGGAGAACAGGAGGAUUGGGAUCGGUGCUGUCUUUGGAGGGGCGGUUGCUGCUACCAUGUCUGGGAAUGCGAGGGAUUGA